ACAUCCCGUCUCUGUCUCCUUUCCUUCUAUAUCCCUGUCUUCCAUGUCCACCCCGUGUCCCUGUCCCUGUGUGUCCCCACAUCUGCCUCACUCCUUAUGGACUCCUUAUGUCCCCCCCCCUUAUGUCUGCCCCCAUUCCUUCUGUACCCGUGUCUAUGUCCCUACGUCUCCCAUGUCCCUCUGUAUCUCUGCCCCUACGUCCCCAUAUCUCCCUCGCUCCUUAUGUACCCGUAUCCCUCCACAUCCCGCUGUGCCUGCCCCGUGGCCCUGUCCCCGCAGGCUCCCGUUGGCUCCCGCCAUGGCUCAGACGCUGCAGAUGGAGAUCCCCAACUUUGGGAACAGCAUCCUGGAAUGCCUGAACGAGCAGCGGCUGCAGGGGCUGUACUGCGACGUGUCGGUGGUGGUGAAGGGCCACGCGUUCAAGGCUCACCGGGCCGUGCUGGCCGCCAGCAGCUCCUAUUUUCGGGACCUUUUCAACAGUAGCAAGAGCGCGGUGGUGGAGCUGCCGGCCGCCGUGCAGCCCCAGUCCUUCCAGCAGAUCCUCAGCUUCUGCUACACGGGCCGGCUCAGCAUGAACAUGGGGGACCAGUUCCUGUUGAUGUACACCGCUGGCUUCCUGCAGAUCCAGGAGAUCAUGGAGAAGGGGACUGAGUUCUUCCUCAAGGUCAGCUCGCCCAGCUGCGACUCGCAGGGGCUGCACGGCGAGGAGGCUCCUUCCUCGGAGCCCCAAAGCCCCGUGGCUCAGACCUCGGGCUGGCCCUCGGGCGCCGCCGCUUUGCCGCUGGUGUCGCGGGUGAAGACAGAGCAGGGCGAGCCCGACGGGGUGCAGUGCACCUUCGUGGUCAAGCGCCUUUGGGACGGCGGCUCCAAGGACGGCGCCGCCGGCGGCAACGGCAGCCGGAAGAUGGCCAAAUUCUCCGCGCCGGAGCCGGGCCGGCAGCCGCAACCCACGGCCCCAACGGCGGGACCGGCUCCGGCGGCCCCGGCCCCGGUGGCUCCCGGGCCCAGCGCGGCCGAUCAGACCAGCCCCGGGGGCACGUCCAGCGCCUACACGAGCGACAGCCCCGGCUCGUUCCACAACGAGGAGGAUGAGGAGGAGGACGGGGGGGAGGAAGGCUCGGAUGAGCAGUACCGCCAGAUCUGUAACAUGUACACCAUGUACAGCAUGAUGAAUGUGGGGCUGGCAGCCGCAGAGAAGGUGGAGGCGCUGCCGGACCAGGGCACGUCGGAGCCGCGCACCCGCGUGCGCGUGCGGCAGGACUUGGCCUCGCUGCCGGCCGAGCUCAUCAACCAGAUCGGGAACCGCUGUCACCCCAAGCUCUACGACGAGGGGGACCCCGCCGAGAAGCUGGAGCUGGUCACGGGCACCAACGUGUACAUCACACGGGCGCAGCUGAUGAACUGCCACGUCAGCGCGGGGACGCGGCACAAAGUCCUUCUGCGGCGGCUCCUGGCAUCCUUCUUUGACCGUAACACCCUGGCCAACAGUUGUGGCACCGGCAUCCGCUCGUCCACCAACGACCCCCGGCGGAAGCCGCUGGACAGCCGGGUCCUGCACGCUGUCAAAUUUUACUGCCAGAACUUCGCGCCCAACUUCAAGGAGAGCGAGAUGAACGCCAUCGCCGCCGACAUGUGCACCAACGCGCGGCGCGUGGUGCGCAAGAGCUGGAUCCCCAAGCUCAAGCUCCUGAGCGCCGAAGGUGACUCCUACACGUCCUUCAUCAACGAGGCCGGGAAGCUGGAGCCCGACAUCAUGGGCCCCGAGCCGGGCUUCGACGCCGGUGCCCACGAGGGCGAAGCGGGAGCCCCCGGCGAGGGGCUGCAGUGACCCCCCCACCCGAGCCUCUCCCAACCCCUUGGGGACCCCCCAUUGCGAUGGGGAGCUCCCCACCACGGAGGGAUCUCCUACCGGGUCCACAUCCUGUCAGCAGGUAGGGACCCUCCUACCAGGUUGGGACCCCAUAACCGGGUAGGGGACCCCAUCACUAGGUAAGGGACCCCCCCCGCCAGGUAGGGGCCCUGUCACUAGGGAGGGGGCCCUCCCCCCCCCCACCAGGUUGGGACCCCAUAACCAGUUCAGGACCCCGCCAAUAGAUAGGGGACCCCCCCUCCAGGUUGGCACCCAGUCACCAGGUAGGGGACCCCUGGCCAAGUAGAGGACUCCCUCCACCAGGUAGGGACCCCCCCCCUGCCAAGUAGGGGACCCCAUCACCAGGUAGGGGACCCCCCCUCCACAUAGGGACCCCCUUGUAGUAGUGCCCUGUGGUUACAUGGGGACCCCCACCCCAUGGGCACCCGCACUGGGUACGACCCCAUUGAUGGUGGGAGGCUCCAUGUGGUUGCAGGGACCUUCGCUUCCCAGGGGGUGUCCGUCCCCCCCCCCCCACCCCAGGGGCAGGGACCCCCCCAUCCCACCCCGUGCCGCUGCUGAGGGGUCCGGUUCCCCCCCCCCCGGGGGAGUUUGGGGCUUUUGGGGGGGGGAUGGCAGCAGCUCAGCCCAUCGCCCCCCCCCCCCCCCCCCAGCAGUUUUGGAGGGGUUUUGAGGGGGGGGGGAUGGGGCUUUCAUCCUGCUCAGGCACCAGUUUUGAGGCCCCAUGUCCCCCCCCCUCCCCGGGUGCCCCAUGUCGCCUCUGGGGUCCCCCCCCUUGUGUUCCCCCCCCCCCCCCAGGGCUGACAUUUCUCCAUGUGGGUCCCCAUGUGUCCCCUCCAUGGGGCCACUGUCUCUGCAGGCAACCGCAUGUGUCCCCCCCCAUGUCCCCCCCCUCAGUUGGGGACCAGCAUCUCUCUGGGCAUCCCCCCGGUCCCCCCCCCCAGUGUCCCCCCCCCAGCAUGUGUCCCCCAUGUCCCUGUGUCGUCCCCCCCCCACCUCCAUGGGGCCAGAGUCUCUCCAGGUGACCACGUGUGUCCCCCCCUUGUGUGUCCCCCCCCCCCGGGGGGGGGGCAUCUCUGGGUGUCUGUGUGUUGUGUCCCCCCCCUCUCCUUGUCCCCAGCUCCCCCCACCCUGGCAGAAAGGGGGGUGUCCCCUGUCGUCCCCCCCCCGGCCGGACAGGGCAGGGCUGAGCCUGUGUGUGGGGACCCCCCCCCCCCGUGGGGAUGGGACCCCCCCCAACCUGGCCUAAGGAGCGGUUCCCCCUUCAUUACCCUGUGUUGGGGGGGGGGGUGACACCCCCAUGUUACCUUUGGGGGGACACAGUGUCCCACUUGGGGGAGGGUGAUUUUAGGGGGGGGGGGUCAGGUUGGAAUCCCACCUCUGUAAGGGGGGGACACACAGACGGACCCCCCCACCCCCCUGCAAGGCUUUGCACCGGCUCUGAAUGGGGAAACUGAGGCACAGUUUGGCAGCCCCCCCCCCCCAACCCCCCCCCAUGUGUAUAGAUGCAGGGCUGGGGGGUAACCCAGGCAUCCUGUGGGCCCCCCCUCAACCCCAGCGGCCCCCCCCCCCCCCUUCAUCCCCCCCCAACAGGUCUCCUGACGUUCGGUCAAGUGCCUUACCCGCUGCCCGGCCCCCCCCGGGCCCCGCUCACGGCUCCACUAUCGCACCGCUCUGUGCCAAACCCCCCCCAGCACCGGGGCGGAGGGGGGGACACACACACGGGGACCCCCCCUCGGCCCUCCUCCGCCUCCCCCCCCCCCCACUUCCCAAUGCCUGGGUUGUUCCUCCCACCCCCCCCCACCCCCCACUGAGCCUCAGUUCUCCCCUUCCCACCAUGUGCUGAGUUGCACCGGGUCUCAGCCCUGCAGGGGUGCCCCCCCCUCCCUUUAACUGGGGGGCUCCCUCUUUCUCUAGGGGUGCCCCCCCUUUCCCUGGAGGGGUCCCCCUUUCACUAAGGGGGGGGGGGUCAGGCUUAUUUUUCCCCCUUUCCCCCCCCCUUCUUUCCGUUUUCCAACCCAAAAGCUGUACAGAAACGGGGAGCAUGGACCCCCCCCAGCCCGGGCUUGUGCUUCCCCCCUCCCCACCGACCCCCCCAACCCCCCCGGGGGGGGUCACCAGUGUCUGUCCUGUGUUAUGAAGUGCCAAGAGGCCCCUUUACCGCCCCCCCCCCCCCCCCGACGCCCCCCCCCGGAGUCGCUGGAGAAUUGCACAUGAACUGCUGUAGGAGAGCGGCGAAGGGCCGCGGCGUGUUAAUAGUGACAAUAAAACACGAGAGGUUUGAUAACACC